GAUUAUAAAAAACAUUAAAUUCGAAAAGAGAGGAUAGAUUCAAAAGCCUGCGAAAUAUCUGAAAAUAAUGUGGUCGAUUUCCAUAAUUUUUCUUUUUACACAGUUCUUAGUCUUUUCUUCUUGCCUUUCGACAAACUGCCCUACUAAAGAAGAAAUAUUUCCAUGUUCUUGUAAAACAUUGGCAAAUAUUAUGCAUGUAGUGUGUGCCGAUUUCAAUUCCAGUUCUACUCUAGUGAAUGCAUUCAAAGUUCUACGUAACCAUCGUAUCACCAGAGCUCUUUUUCACGGCUUGUAUUUCACUGAUACAUUGCCGAAUGAUUUGUUUGAUGAAAUGCAUAUCGAAUCAUUAAAAGUUGAAAAAUCCAGAUGGCAAUUCUCACAGCCGGCUUUCAAAGCUUUGGCAAAUUCUUUAUCCUCCUUGUACAUUAUGCAAAAUUCUAUGAUCACAAGCAAAGAUGGCUUCGCUUUGGCGCGCCUUACCAAGCUCUCAGCGUUGAAUGUUCAAUCGAAUAGCUUGCCAAAGAUCAAAGACACGUGGUUAAAUGGAAAGGUGCCUAAUGUUCAUAAUCUUGUCUUAGACGAAAAUGGUAUUAGCGAAGUCGAAAGUAAUGCAUUUUCCCAGCUCAAACAGCUGAGGAUAAUAUCUUUGGCUAACAACCAAAUCAAGGCUCUUAAAAGGUCAACGCUCCCAUGUCCAGCUGCAUACCUGAUAAAGAUUGAUCUAAGUCACAACACAAUUGGCAUGAUACCAUCCGAUUUCUUCGUUAACAUGCCUUCUUUGACAGAAGUCAUACUUACUGGAAAUGAAUUGCAGACUUUACCACAAGCUACUUGGACUCCAGUUUGGGAAAAUCUGCAAAAGGUUCUUCUGUUUAAUAACAAAAUAGUUUGUGACCAAAACCUGGAUUGGAUAAAAAGGUAUCGCCGAGUUCUUCAACUGGAAGGUGACUGCGUAGCUCCGAAGGAAAGGGCGGGCAGACCUAUUAGGGAUAUGUACUACAGCAGAUAAAAUGCCAGUACACUAUUUUAUUCAUCAUCUUCAUUCAUCUUACUUCCUCUCUCCAGCGAGGUCUAUCUACCAUGUAACCAUAACCAGCAUAAUUAUUUAUUCAUAAGUUUCUUCGAAUUACUAUUUUAAAUACUGUGUUCGAUAACCAUCGCUCUUUUUGCUGCUUAUACUUUUUUGCUGUUUCUACUUUAUUUGUUUCUUCCCUUUUGUUUAUUUUAUUUUAAAUGUUCUUCGUAUUAUUCUUUUUAUAAGCAUGUUUUAUUCAUUGAUUGUUAUGAAGGCAUUGUGUGAGGCAUAAAGUAUAUUGUGGGCGUUAAUUUAUGUAUCUAAAUAACGUAUGAGUUGAGUAAUAUGAUGGCUAGCAAAAUGUUGAUAGAACUGUUCCAGUGUAUUUAUUUUAGUAAAUAAAAUGUUGUUUUCUUUUCUUUUUCAA